AUUGCCACUAACGGGAUUAUUGCGGUGAAUGAACCUUCAAGUGAAGAAAAAUAUCUUGGUCAGUUUCCAGUCAGUUUUGGGGCUAUUGCUCCUUUUAUGGCUGACCUGGACACAACAGAUGGACGUGGAAGUGUGUAUUACAGAGAAGAUUCAUCCUCAGAUGUCUUGCAACUUGCAUCAGACUAUAUCAAAAGAGGCUUUCCUGAGACUUCUUUUGAUCCCAGCAGUGUUGUCAUUGUUACCUGGAAGCUCGUUGCUCCUUAUCAGGCACCAGGACAAGAUCACACUUUGGAAGAAAAGAGAAACACGUUUCAGGCUGUUUUAGCCUCUUCUGAGUCCAGUUCCUAUGCUAUUUUCCUUUAUCCAGAAGAUAGUUUGCAGUUUUAUAGUACAUACUCCAAGAAUGAUGAUGGAAAGAUUCCUGCUAUGGUUGGCUUUAGUCAAGCCUCUACAAACUACUACUUUUGGGAAAAGCCAGGAUCCUAUGAUGUCAUUGCUAAUGACGAAGACAGCAUUAGAAACCUGCACAAAAGCAGCAAUGCUGGGAAGCAAGGUGUCUGGGUGUUCGAGAUUGGUAGCUCAUCUGACAGUAUUGUGCCUGCCAAGAUCAGCCACAUUUUGGAGAACCUAGAAUCCAAUGAACAAGACCAGGAGAUGACUUCAAAACCAUUUACGUCAGACUAUGGCUCCACUGAAAUAAGACAGCAGUAUGUCACCAGUAGUACGGACAGCACAGAAGAGGAUCAGCACCAUGUUACCUAUAGUGUUCCUCAGCUAGCUGCAGAAGACUUUCUGACUUCAUACCAAGAUGUAACAGGAACACCUUCAACUGAGUCUUUUUACAGUCAUCAAGAUUUCCCGACAGCAAAAGCUCCACCACGCCAGUUCCAUGUCCAGCAGUUUCCCCCAGAGCAACCCCAAGUCAUAGAUGUGGAAGAAUUUGAUGAAACUGGUAUAGUGUUUCGCUACCACACAGAUGUCCAACAGACCUGUGCUAACAACCGCCACCAGUGCUCUGUUCAUGCUAUUUGCAAAGAUUAUCCCAACGGAUUUUGUUGCAGCUGUAUCGCUGGUUACAAAGGAAAUGGCAGACAAUGUGUAGCAGAAGGUUCUCCUCAGAGAGUCAACGGAAAGGUCAAAGGAAGAAUCUUUGUAGGAAAUAACCCCGUUCCAGUUAUAUUCGAGAACACUGAUCUCCACUCCUAUGUUGUAAUGAACCAAGGGCGUGCCUACACUGCUAUCAGCACAAUCCCGGAAACUUUGGGGUAUUCUUUACUGCCUCUUGCCUCUAUUGGAGGUAUCAUAGGAUGGAUGUUUGCUGUGGAACAGCAAGGAUAUAAAAAUGGAUUCAGUGUUACUGGUGGCGAGUUUACGCGGCAAACUGAAGUAACUUUUCUUGGCAACAAUGAGAAGCUGGUUAUAAAGCAGAAAUUCAGUGGAAUUGAUGAGCAUGGUCAUCUCACCAUCACCACAGAGAUGGAGGGCAGAAUACCAGAGAUCCCAUCUGGUGCAUCAGUCCAUAUAGAACCAUACACUGAACUCUAUCACACUUCUAGUUCUGUGAUCACUUCAUCAUCCACCAGAGAGUACACGGUGACAGAGCCAGAAAGGGACGGGGUUGCUUCCACAUACACGGGCGCUUAUCAGUGGCGACAGACCAUCUCGUUUGAUGAAUGCAUUCAUGAUGACUCUCACCAUGCUGCUUCUGCGACUCAGCAGCUCUCAGUGGACAGUGUAUUUGUCCUGUAUAACCAAGAGGAGCAGAUUCUGCGAUAUGCUAUGAGUAAUUCCAUCGGCCCAAUCAGUGAUGGUUCUGCUGAUAUUAACCGGAAUCCUUGCUACACCGGUAUGCAUAACUGUGACACCAAUGCGAUAUGUCGUCCAGGAACUGGAAAUCGUUUCUUCUGCGAAUGUUCAGUUGGCUUCCAUGGAGAUGGAAACGUUUGUUACGAUGUUGAUGAAUGUUCAGAGCAACCAGACCUAUGUGGCAGCAACGCAGUCUGUAAUAACCAGCCGGGAACCUACCGCUGCGAGUGUGUUGAAGGAUACCAGUUUGCAGCAGAUGGGCGGACUUGUGUUGCUGUUGAGUAUGUUGUAAACCAUUGCGAGACAGGCACACACGAUUGUGACAUUCCUCAGCGCGCUCAGUGUGUGUACACUGGAGGAUCCGCCUACAUCUGCACAUGCCUCCCUGGCUUCUCGGGAGACGGGCGUGCCUGUGAGGAUGUAGAUGAAUGUCAACAGGGCCACUGUCAUCCAGAUGCUUUCUGCUACAACACUCCUGGGUCCUUCAGCUGCCAGUGUAAGGCAGGUUAUCGUGGGGAUGGUUUCCGGUGUGUGUUAGGAGAAGUGGAAAAGACCAAAUGCCAGCGUGAACGAGAAGUAGCUCUUGGAAGUGGAGGCACUUUCUUCCCAUGGGAGAUAAGAGUUGGUCAGUUCAUUCCCCAGUGUGAUGAGCGUGGGAACUACCUCCCCACUCAGUGCCAUUCUAGCACUGCAUAUUGUUGGUGUGUGGAUCGGGACGGAAAUGAGAUUGAUGGCACCAGAAGCGGCCCGGGAGUUCGACCACCAUGUCUGAGCACAGCUGCUCCUCCUGUUGUUAUUGGGCCCUCUGUUCGACCAGAUACAGUACCUCUGCCACCAGGAACGCACUUGCUCUUUGCCCAGAGUGGUAAAAUUGAACAUGUUCCACUAGAGGGAAACAAUAUGAAGAAAAAUGGUGCAAAAGCACUCUUGCAUAUUCCAGACAAAGUUGUUAUCGGAGUUGCUUAUGAUUGCACAGACAAGAUGGUUUAUUGGACAGACAUCAGUGGCCCUUCGAUCAGUAGGGCUAGUCUGCAUGGUGGGGAGCCAACAACCAUCAUCAAAACAGAUUUGGGAAGCCCUGAAGGCAUAGCUGUAGAUCAUCUAGGUCGCAACAUCUUCUGGACUGACUCUCAACUAGAUAGAAUAGAAGUGGCUAGGCUGGAUGGGCGCCAGCGUCGCAUCCUUUUUGACACCGGCCUGGUGAACCCCAGAGCAAUUGUUGCAGAUCCUAUGAGAGGAAACUUAUACUGGACUGACUGGAACAGAGAAGCUCCUAAAAUUGAAACCUCAUACAUGGAUGGCACAAACAGAAGAAUUCUUGUUAAAGAUGAUCUUGGGUUACCAAAUGGGCUGACAUUUGAUCCUUAUUCCUCAAUGCUGUGCUGGGUAGAUGCAGGUACCAAGAGGCUGGAAUGCAUGAACCCUAAUCAGCUUGGUCGACGAAAGAUUGUUGAAGGAAUUCAGUAUCCUUUUAGUGUUACAAGCUAUGGGAAGAAUUUAUACUACACAGACUGGAGAAGAGAUGCUAUUGUAGCAGUGGAUCGCACAAUUUCAAUAGAAAAGGAUAACUUCCAGCCUCACAAGCGCUCCCGUCUCUAUGGAAUCACAACAGCCUUUGCUCAGUGCCCAGGAGGACAUAACUACUGUACAGUGAAUAAUGGUGGUUGUACUCACCUCUGCUUGGCUACCCCAGGAGGCCGUUCUUGCCGCUGCCCUGACAACACAGUUGGAGUGGAUUGUAUAGAAAGAAACUGAGAAUUAAAAUAAGCUUUAAAGCCGCAGACACCUUUUGAAUAUGUGCUGUAAACAUUUCACUCCUAUCAACACAAUCAGGCCCUGAAGAUAAGUGUUCCAUGCUGCUGACAGCAAGCCACAAUGCGCAUAUGCAGACGCGAACAGGGGCAAUGACUGUUUUGUAGCAGUUAGGCUAGACAGAGCUGCCCAGGUUGGGUCCAACUGCAUCUUGUUCCUUAUAAUAGUAUCUUCUUGCUUUUAAAGGUAAAUGUGGAGGCCUUACUUACACCU